ACCACCGAAUGGGUGAUAAAGGUUAAUGGCCUUCCUCCAGUCUUGCUCAUUUGGCCAUCCAUAUCGUUCGCAAGUAACUUUGUUGUUUAGGCAUAAAGGUAUCAGGCAUUGCAGAAGCAAUCUUUUUGGCCUUUUCUUAAGAAUGACAACAAACUCACCUGCAAACCUUCUCGUUACGGGAGCCUCGGGAAGGACAGGUUCUCUAGCUCUAAAGAAGGCAGCUACCCUCCCACAACUAUUUAGCCCCAGAGGACUGGCCAGAUCCAAAGAAAAGACAAGUAAGUUAUUCGACAACAACUAUACUUUCUUUUUCGGUUCUAUUCUCGACGAGAAAAUCCUGAGAGAGGCACUUGAUAACUGUAAGAAGUUGUUGAUUUUAACCAGUGCAGUUCCUAUUAUGCGCCUUAAUCCCGAUGGAACUCCCAAACAACCUCCUGAAUUUUUUUUCAAACAAGGAGAGGAACCUGAGCAGGUAUUUUCUUCGGAAAGAAAGAAAAAACAAAUAGAAAUAACAAAACAUUGUGAAGAAGAAAACAUUAAAAUAAUAAGCAAUAAAACCGUUACUCAAAAGGACCAUCCUUUGAAUCGCCUUGGAAAUAUUCUCAUGUGGAAGAAAAAGUCCGAAGAUUAUCUUAUGUCUUGUGGUAUUCCCUUCACUAUUAUCCAUCCUGGAGGUCUCGUAGAUAAAGCUGAAAGUCGACGUUCUCUAGUGAUUGGCCAUAAUGACAACUUGGUGAAUAGCACACACAGAACUAUAUCUCGUGAAGAAGUUGCCGACAUAGCCUUACAAUCUUUCCUGCAUGAAGAUGCAAAAUAUAAAUCUUUUGACGUUGUCUCUGCACCUUGCAAGAAAGACGAACAAGUGGUUCGCGACUGGAAGAAUUUUUUUUCAAAUACAUAAAAUCAAAAGCAUGACUCUCAGAACGUUAUUCGUUUUGCAUGUUUGAAUUCAACAAAACGUUUUUUGUAUGAAACUCAAGCACUGUUUGUUUUGAAAG